AUGGGAAAAAGGAUGAAAAGCUUAGACUACUCCAUUUCUAAUUUCUCUGCAAGAUAUGAAUGCCAACCAGCAGAGGGAACCAAUCAAGAGAAUGCUGCUUGCAUUGAAACUGGAAAUUUUUAUGGUUUUGAAGAGUUAGAGACUGGAAAGGCAAGGAGAUUAAACAAACACAGGUGCUUCAUUUUAAGGCAGGAGGAAGAGACAAACUUAUUUGAAGGCUUUAAAGAAGCAGAAGUAAUUAAAGCUAGAAAAACAAACUUGAAAAAAGUCACUCAUCUUAGAGGUCUCCAAAAACAUGAAACUAAUAAACAUACACCACAUUAUGUUGCCAAGAAAAUCCCUGGACUUCUGAAUCUUGGAAAUACCUGCUAUAUGAACUCAGUAAUGCAAUGCCUCAACUGUGUAGAACCUCUGGUAAAAUAUUUUACAGAAGGGACCUACCAUAGUGACAUUUACUCUAUGAGUAAAUAUGGAGGCACCCUGGCAAGGGAAGUGGGAGCUGCACUAGAAGCAAUGAACAAUGGAAUAUACAGUCCCAUUGCAUUGCAGGAUCUGAAAUCUGUAAUUGGAAAUCUCCACUUUCCCUUUCGGGGAUCUCGGCAGCAUGAUUCUCAUGAAUUCCUUCUGUUUCUUCUAAGCUGGUUGCAUGAGGAUCUAAGAGGUGGAACUAUGCCAUUCUUGCAAGAUACUCAAGAUUGUAUGUUAGAAGAUGUAGAAAACAAUGAGUCUUCUGUUAUAUGCUCACUCUUCCAAGGCGAAAAUCGGCAUAGGAUCAUUUGUAAUACUUGCCAAUAUGAACCCCUUUCCUAUGAACCAUUUACCAUUAUGUCUUUAUCAUUACCUUUUAGUGGAGGUUGUACACUGGCUGACUUACUUCAGAACACCUAUAUGGAUAGCUGCAUUGAUUAUAAGUGUCCAAGAUGCAAAACACAAGGAAAGGGCACUCGUAAAUCUGACAUCAGAAAGCUGCCUCCUGUACUAGUCCUACAUUUAAACCGGUUUGAUUAUAACAUCUCUGCAAGGAAGAAGCAAAAUUAUGUUGAUUUUCCUUUGGAAAAUCUGAGUUUGGUAGAACAUGCCACAUCCACAAAAAGGGGCUCCACUCAGUAUAAUCUAUGUGGUGUAUCUAACCACUAUGGAAGUCUGAAUGCUGGACACUACACUAGUUUUUGUAAAUCAUAUGAUAGCAAAUUCUGGUACAGAUGUGAUGAUCAAAAUGUCACCAAAUUAAGAACAUCAGUAAAAACUUCUGCUGCAUAUUUAUUGUUUUAUGAAUCAGUCCAUAUCAACAAUAUGAAUCUUCAGUAAUGUUACUGAAGCCAUGCAGUUGGAAUUCAAAGGUAUGAAGCUGAUUUUUGUGCAUCAGAAAAGCAGAAGGCCAUGGAUGUGAAGCACUGCUUCCUUCCAUUUGACAAGUGGACAGUCAUAUCCCUCAUUUCCCAAAUGUUGUAGUCCACAUUUCUCCAGACAUUUCAUUAAUCCCUUCAUACCUUUAUUUCAUCUCCAGCAUUUGUCAUCAUGUAGUCUUCCUGAUAAGAAUCCAUGUUCCAUGCAAGCCAAGAGGAUUAGAACCAGUUAUCAUUCUCAAUGGGACUGGCACAUCAGCAGAAUGUAUCAUAUCAUGGCUUCCAACCUGUAGGAUAAGAGGCCAGUUGUGGGUUUGCUUAAUUGGUUACUUUCAUGGAGUAGAACUAGAUUUUCUAGUCAGGUAAUUUGAUAAAAUCAAGAUAUAAGAGGAUUUUGUAGGAAAUCAUUGUACUUAAAUCACCCCAAAAUUACUUAUUGUAAUAUGUAACCAACUGGUAACUUAGCAAUUAACUUAGUUGGUACCAUAACUGCCAUGAUCUUCAUUAAAGGGUGCUCUCUUUAGGUUAAAUGUAGAACUAUGGAAAUGUGCAUACUUUCCCUAUCAGAUGUUGUCUUGUGGAUGUACAAUACAUUCUAGAAAUAUUUCUUGUAUUAGAAAAUAAUGUCUUGCAAUAAAUUUUUUAAUAAUGCCA